UUUCUGUUUCCCAGCAUGCACUGCGAGUGAUCAGUCCUUCAGACCUAAGGACACAGCGAUUAUAGCGGAAUUUCUCUUUGAAAGUCAGUGUGGUUUCAGUCUUGUGUCACAUCCUGUUGGUCCUCUGCAGAGAUCCAGCAGCCUGAAGAUGUCUGACAACAUCGAUGAGAAGAUCAAGAACUACAGGACGGCUCCUUUCGACGCCCGCUUCCCCAACACUAACCAGACCCGCAACUGUUACCAAAACUAUCUGGAUUUCCACAGAUGUAACAAAGCUCUGUCCGCCAAAGACCAGGACACGGCUCCCUGCGACUGGUACCAGAGGGUCUACAAGAGCCUCUGCCCCGUGAGCUGGGUUACGAAAUGGGACGAUCAGUUGGAGGCGGGAAAUUUUGCUGGAAAGAUCUGAACAAUCCUCUGUCUUCAUCCAAGUAUAAUGUGAAAAUGCUUAAAUGCUGUUUCUGUACAGAAGCGACUAAAUAAAUUAUAUAAUGUUACUGUGAA